AUGGAGUUGAAGAACAACGCUGCGGCCUGCAUGUCGUACAGAAGAGCGAUCGAGGUAGACCCGCAAGACUAUCGGGGCUGGUACGGUCUUGGACAGAUGUAUGAUAUUAUCAAAAUGCCAACAUACUCGCUGUUUUAUUACCAGCAGGCUCAUCUGUGCAAGUUGUAUGAGUCUGAAAAUCAAAUGCAGCGUGCUGCGAGAUCCUACGAAGAAUAUCUGAGGGAGUAUCAAGACAUAGAGGAUACUGACGAAAAUGUGGUCUACUGUGUACAGUUCCUUGCCAAGCACUAUUUGGAACAGCGUGAUGUGGAUAAAGCAAUUUUCUAUGGCCAAAAAUGUCUGCAGCAUGAUUCGAUCUCGGAAGAAGGUCGCCUAGUGCUGCGGACAGCCGAAGCGAUGAAGGAGCAACAUGAUCAUGAUAACGCCGGUGAUAUGAAUCCAAUAAAGCCAAUCGAUGAUUCGUUCAACUCAACGGGUGGAUUUGAUAUAACUCAAGGAACCAGCAUCGCCAUGGCGGAUGAUUCGGAAAUGGUGAUAUCGGAAGGAGAAGGCGAUGAAUCUUUCUAA